AUGCUGGGCGGCCGUCGACCGAACGGGGCCGGUGGGAAGAUCGCGUCUGACACAUCUGGCGUUGCCCGCAGACCGACCGCGCUGAGCAUCAGGCCCAGCCGCCCCCCGGACGACCCCGCCCUCGCAGAGGAGGGAGACUACAUCAACGUCUUCCCCCCGUCCCCCUCCACCCAGCUCGUCCACUCCCCCUCCUCCCGCCCAGACAAGGCCUCCCGCGUCCUCGGCAUCCAGCACCGCCGCUCCAUGGAGCCCGUCCCCGCUUCCACGCGCACCUCCAUCGUCUCCACCCGCUCCCUCCGCGACCCCGCGCCCCCCACCACCGCCUUCGUCCCCACCCUCCCCCUCACCUCCCUCUAUGUCGUCUCUGGCCUCCCAAAGGCCCCCCACACCUGGACCCUCGCCGACCCGGACUCUGUCCUCGGCCUCGCCCACACAGAAGGCGCCGUGAACCGCUGGUGGCGCGCGGAGGUCCUCGGCAGCACCGUCAGCCCUGGCGUCGGCGGCGGCAAGAAGAAGCGAAAGGGCAAGGAGACGGAGAUCCUCAAGGGCGCCGGCGCGCUCAGCAAACAGGAAGUCGCAAAGAUGCUCUCCAAGGCGCUCAAGCUGUCCUUCACGCGCGAGGUCGAGAUCAUCGCUUCGACCCUCCAGCCCGCCUCCACCGUGCACACCUUCGCCUUCUCCCUCCCCGCGCCGUCCACCCCCCUCAACCCCUCGUCCUCCAGCGCCCUCUUCCGCUCCUCCGUCCUCUCCUCCGCGUCGGAGAUGCGCCCCAACUCCACCGCCGGCUCCCUCUACCCCCACGACCCGUAUCUCAGCGCGCGCCCUUCCUCCGCUUUCCUCGGCCCGCCCGGUCUCUUCCCCCCCGGCACCGCGUCCUCCGGGGGCGCACCGGCCGCUAACGGCUCCGGCGGGGGCGCCAACGACGCCCCUGGCAGCACCCUCACCUACCACGGCGUGUGCCUCACCGUCUGGUCCCAUGCCGACAACGAGCGCAGCGCCGCCAUCCGCCGCACCCUCGAGGCAGGCCGCUCCCGCAAGGAGUCCGCCCAGAGCCUCGCGACGGCCCGCAUCAAGGGCAACGCCGACCCGACCCUCCAGGCCCGCCGCAGCGCACGCAAGAGCGCGCGGGGCCCGUGGGGCGCGAGCGGCGUCACCACCGACGCCGACACGGACCUCGACGUCGAGACCGACGGCGCCAUGAGCGAGAGCGACUUUGAGGUCGCGAGCACCAUCAACGGCCACAAUCCCGGCGAGAGCACCCUCUUCCUGCCUGGGGAUACCGUCUUUUGGCUCCCGUACGCCCUCACGCUCGUCUCGCGCCAUCCGAUCUACGACCUCAUGCGCGACUAUCUGACGCUGUCCUGGGCGCGCUUCUCCAAGGACGUCCAGUCGCACACGCUCCAGAUCUCCAAAAUUCUCUCGCACCCGGCGCCCCGCGCGGGCGAUCUCAUCAAGCUCGACGCCUCCGCGACCGUCAAAGCCGACGGCGGCAUCGGCGCCGGUGGGCCCGAUACCAGCCUCGAGGUCAUCGCGCGCUUUCCCGGCGGCAUGGACUUUGGCCGCGGGCUCGUGGACAUCAACUUCACCAUGUGGCCGCUGUUCAAGGCGCUCAAUCUCGACAACAUCCUCACCAUCUGUGAGAUCGCGCUCGCGCCGACCGGCCGUAUUCUGUUCUUCUCGCGCCACCCGGCCAUGCUAGGGAUUGCCGUGUCCACGAUCCGCUAUCUCGUCGAGCUGCGAGGGUGGAGCGGCAUCGCGCUGCAGGCCGUGCACUCGCGCGACGCCAAAAUCUACAUCGACGACCCCGGCCCUUGGAUCAUGGGCCUCGCGACCGAGGCGCGGUACAGCGUGAGGCCCGCUCCCGAGGUCUGCAUCUGCGAUUUGAGCUGUCCUUCACCUCCGCCGGGCAUAGUGUCGACGAAGCAGCAGCGUGAGAAGUACCGCCAGAAGCUCGCGGCAGCGUUCGACUCGCCCCACUAUCACUCCGACCACUGUGUUCCAAGCGAGUUCAAAGAGGCGUUCCCCGCGGGGCGCUUCCGGCCGGUGUGCAAGAUCCAGGCGAAGCGCGGCGCUUCGUCCGCGGCGGUCGCGGACACGAUCAAGGCGCCCGAGUGGUGGCACUCGACGCGCGUGAUCCAGGCGUUCGACGCGGUGCUGCAGGACAAGCUGAAGAAGCCGUCGCUCCUGCGGCGCAUCAGCUCGUUCGGCGUCGCGCGCGGGCCGCCGCAGCUGACCGUCGCGGAGCAGCACAUCCAGUCGUCGAUCCGGAAGCGCGCGACCGCGUUCGUGGACGCGCGGGACGACCUCGAGACGAAGAUCGGGCGGCUGUCGCGCCGGCUCAACUUUUUGAUGACGGAGAGCGACCUCUGGCGGGACAAGUUCGUCACGUUCGAGCAGUACGCCGAGAAGCUCAGCGUCGAGGCCAACGACCUCCGCGCGAAGAUCAACAAGGAGCAGCGCGAGACGAAGCGCCUCAGCGGGCUCGUCACCAUGACCGCCGCGGAGAAGCACAAGCUGCAGAGCCAGCUCCGGGACACGGAGCACGCGCACCAGGAUGCGAUCGUCGAGCUGCAGAAGAUGCGCGAGACGAUGGAGACGAUGGAGGCCGAGCGCGCGGAGAUGGUCGCGGAGGUCGAGGCGCAGAUCGAAAAGGCGCUCGCGUCGAUGGCCGUCGACGUCGACGAGUCGGACUACACCGAUUCGCGCCCGGGGAGCCGCGUCUCGUCGCGCGACGCCGCGGGGCGCGUGAAGCAGCUGCGCUCGUUCGGCACCGAGUCGACGCUCGCCGAGUCGUACGACGGGCACGCGACGGACGACGUCGGUGCCAAGACGGACCUGAGCAAGGGCACGGUCAUCGAGGAGGACGAGGAGGGCGAGGACGGGGAUGGCGAAGGGAGCGGGAGCGGGGGCGGAGAUGGAGACGGGGGCGAGCCCGGGAUGAAGAAGCGGUUCUCGGCUGCGCCGAAUCCGGUGGAGAACCGGGAUGACGGGAUGAUGGCGGCCGUGGACGCCGGGAUCAGCGAGCGGAGCGACAGGAUCGCGCGCAAGGUGCUCGAGAUCCAGCAAAAGCUGGAAAGCGCCCUGGCCGAGCGCAGCGAGAGGCAGUGGAAGAACCAGUCCAGCCCCGAGAGCGAGAGCGAGCUGUCCGAGGCGAGGCAGUCUGCCUCCGUGCGCCAGCGCCCGCCGAGGGGCACCAAGCUGGUCGGCAGGCCGCCCCCCAAGGCGUCCAGAAACAGGAGCGGCACCGGGUCCACCGCACGCAGCGCGGAGGGGCGUCGCUCCGACGCGGGCGACGCGACCCCCGGGAACCCGCGCAAGCCGUCGAUCAGCUCGGGCGGGCGCACGCCCACGCCCACCAGCGCCAGCGUCGCCGGCGAGAUCCCCGACGAGCAUGAGCACGAGCACAAGCACGAAACCGAGCCUGAGGCCUCGCGCGCGGCAUCCAGCCACGCGACGGGCACCCUGCGCAAGAUCGCGUCGGGCGUGUCGCUGAGCGCGACGCGCCCCGCGUCGCCUGCGGCGCUCACGCCGUCGACGCCCGCGCUGACGCCUGCGCUGACGGGCACGACGGACGACUCGGACACGGACUUCCAGAGCGCGUACUCUGCGAGCCCGCGCGAGAGCUACGGCGACUUUGACGAGGACGGCGCGGUCGGGGCGCUGCCGCACGUCGACGACUUUGGCGUGCCGGCCGCGGCGGGCCGCUACCAGCGCGCCAAGAACCGGGAGCGGGUGUCGAGUGUCGCGACGACGAUCACCGGCGACCGCGCCCAGCCGAGCCCGACGCUCAGCGAGGACACCAUCGUCUCGCGCGCGCGCGCCUCGGUGUCGACGGUCGUCGACGUCUAG